AUGGCAGGGACUGAGACCUCGGUCCCUCCUGAGCAGUUCACCAAAAUCAAAGAACCAGAGUUGAUAUCAGAAAAAGCCCUGGAGGAGGAAGAAGAUGGGGUGUGCAGGGUGAAGGAACACCCAAGCUCUGCACAGUUGGAGGCUGAGGGCACCUUCGGGGCCCUCCAGGCCAAGCUCUCGGAGGGCGAGCCGGAGCCGGAGCUGGUGCUGGCCAUCCCGGAGGAGAGCGAGAAGCACAUCCUGACCCUGCAGACGGUGCACUUCACCUCCGAAGACGCGGAGCUGCAGGACCUCCGCUGGCUGGCACCCCAGCACCAGGAAGAGGUGCAGGCGAUGGUGCAGCAGGCUGAUGGAGGGCUGCAGUCUCUGGUGUGGCUAGGGGAGGGGUCCCAGCAGAGCCCGCACCAGUGUGUCACCCUUAGCAUCCAGGAAGAGGUGUACGCGCUGCAGGAGGUGGAAGUGAUGCAGUUUCAGGUUCUGGAGGAGAAUGUGACCGGGGCCAGUGAAGACAAUAAGCUUGCAGUGAGCCUGGCAGAAAGCCCUGGAUCCGUAAAGGGAGAGGAACAGCUCCUGGCUGAAGGUGGAUUCAAUGAAGAAACAGAAGAGCAGUUUUUUCUUGUGGAAGCGAGACCAGGAGAUGAAGGAAGAGAUGAAAUUGUUCUGACAAUUUCACACUUAAAUGUGGAAGAACAAGAAGAGGAACUUGCACCGGGUCAAGCACAUGUUGAAAAAGCCAACGCUACAAAAAAUCAAAUAAAGACAAAGGAAGUAAAACAAGCCUUCCACUGUGACCUCUGCACGUUCACCUCUUCUAGAAUUUCAAGUCUUAAUCGUCACAUGAAAAUUCACACCAGUGAAAAGCCCCAUGUGUGUCACCUUUGCCUGAAAGCGUUCCGUACUGUCACACUCCUUCGGAAUCAUGUCAACACCCAUACAGGAACCAGGCCCUACAAGUGUGGUGACUGUGACAUGGCAUUUGUCACCAGUGGAGAACUUGUCCGACACAGACGUUAUAAACACACUCACGAGAAACCCUUUAAAUGUUCCAUGUGCAAGUAUGCUAGUGUAGAAGCGAGUAAAUUGAAGCGCCACAUCCGGUCACACACGGGUGAGCGCCCCUUUCAGUGCUGUCUCUGCAGCUAUGCCAGCAAAGACACCCACAAGCUGAAACGGCACAUGAGGACCCAUUCUGGUGAGAAGCCCUACGAAUGCCACAUCUGCCAUGCGCGCUUCACCCAGAGAGGGACCAUGAAGAUACACGUUCUGCAGAAGCACAGCGAGAACGUCCCCAAGUACCGGUGCCCGCAUUGUGCCGCCAUCAUUGCGAGGAAGAGCGACCUGCGUGUCCAUUUGCGCAACCUGCACACGUACAGAGCUGCAGAGAUGAGGUGCCGCCACUGUUCUGCCGUCUUCCACGAGCGCUACGCUCUCCUUCAGCACCAGAAAACUCACAGAGAUGAGAAGAGGUUCAAGUGUCAGCACUGCAGCUAUGCUUGCAAGCAGGAGCGUCACUUGACAGUUCACAUACGUACCCACACUGGAGAGAAGCCAUUUGCCUGCCUCUCCUGCAAUAAAUGUUUCCGACAGAAGCAACUUCUAAACGUGCACUUCAAGAAAUACCAUGAUACAAAUUUCGUGCCGACUGUGUAUGAAUGCCCCAGGUGUGGCAGAGGCUUUUCCCGCUGGAAUAACAUGCAGAGACACUUGGAGAAGUGUGACUCGGGGCAAGAAAAGCCAGCUACCUCGGAAAAACGAAGAACAAGAAAGAGGAAGCCGGCCCUCCCGAAAGAGGCACCCAAGGAAGACGAAGCUGUUGCCGAGGAGGCCUCCCUGGUGAGUGGAGAGCAGUACCCAGGAGGGGUGGUUCCUGUCGACUUCGGAGAAGCCACGGCUGGCGGUGAGGACCUGGAGGAAGACAUGACCUGUGAGAUGAUCCUGGCCAUGAUGGAGAAGUGAUGAAGUCAAGGUCAUUGUUACAGCACGUAAUUCUUAACGCGCAUAACAAGGGUUUAGCACCAUCUCUGAAACAGUUAAAUUCAUGACAACGGAUGGUCAAAGUUUUUCCAGAGCUAGUGGUAGUUCCUAGAAUUAUUUGCCUAUUUUCAGUUGGAUAUUUCAGAAACAUUGCAGGUAUUUGAUAAAGGGCCCAAAUCCUGAAUUUGAGGAUGAAACCUCAAAUCUAUGAAUUCAUUCACUUGAUACUGGUAGGGAGGUCCAUGAUGAAUGAGCAGUGAUUUUUGAAUAAUAGUUAUUUCCACGAUAAUAUAGACUACUUAGUGCUUCCCAGCUAAAGCUGGGAAACUGUAGGCUGAA